AUGAAGUUUAUAGUAGAAAUUUGGAGAAGACCCAUAUCCCAGGUGAUUUUGGUUGGUUGUGUGCUAUUCACGCAACCAGGAAUGUUCGAUGCCAUAACAGCAAUAGGUGCCGGUGGCCAGAAGGCUACUCUUUCGUGGCUAACAAAUCAGGCCCUUGCUACCUUGUACGGAUGCUUUGCUGUAGUCGGUUUCAUGGGAGGAUCAUUUGUCAACACAUUAGGUACAAGGAUUACCUUCUUCCUUGGGACCAUAGGUUACACAUUGUAUAUCGGCUCCUUGUGGUGUCUUGAUGAAACGGGAAACACUGGAUUUGUUGUUGCUGGAGGAGCAUUGUGUGGAAUAUCAGCUGGUCUAUUAUGGUCUGUGCAUGGUAUGGUUAUUAUGUCUUACCCAGAAGAAAAAGACAAGGCAAAAUGUUUUGCGUUGACUUGGAGUUUACUAUCUGUAGGGGCUACUCUUGGUGGGUUGAUCAGUUUAUUACAAAAUGCUCAGCAUGCAGAUACUUCAGGUGUUGCUACAGGAACAUAUGUUGCAUUCAUGUGUAUUAUGCUUGUGGGAUUGCUCAUUUCUCUUUUGUUAUUGAAUCCAAAAGACAUUCGCAGAAGUGAUGGAUCUAAAUUGGAAAAUUUCAAACAGACUUCAUUCAAAAGAGAAAUUGUAGAUACUUGCAAGCUUUUAGGGGAUUCACGUUUGGUGAUGUUGUUCCCAGCAUUCUUUGCUAGUAAUUUCUUCUAUUCGUAUCAAUUUGGUAUCAAUGCUUUCUACUUCUCUCUUAGGACUAGAUCUUUGAAUUCUAUGGUAUAUUGGCUAACUCAGAUUAUCGGCACAUUUGGACUUGGUCUAAUUCUCGACAAUACUAAGCUUGAAAGAAAGCAAAGAGGAAUAAUUGGCCUUGCUGUUACUUGUGUUGUUGUUAUCGCAACUUGGAUUGGUGGUGCUGUUUUCCAAACUCAAUUUACAAGGUCUUCUUCGCCUCCAAAUGUUGACUGGACUGAUUCAAAUUUCGGUGGUCCAUUUGUACUAUAUUUCAUGUAUGGAAUUUCAGAUGCUAUGUGGCAAUGCUGGUGUUAUUGGAUAAUGGGCUCCUUAUCGAACGAAUCGUAUAAACUUGCUCGUUAUGCUGGGUUUUACAAAGGUGUUCAAUCGGCAGGUUCUGCUAUCUCUUUUGGAUUAGAUUCCUUGCAAAUACCCUUUAAUAGAGAAUUGGGAGCAAAUUUUGGUAUGACUCUCUUUAGUAUGCCAUUCAUGCUUUAUGUUGCCACAAAGUUGACUAAGACCAACUAUGAUCAAGAGCAAGAAGUUAUACCACCAGCACAUGUUCAAGAGGAGCUUGGUGUUGAAGGUGCUCGUGAUUCACAAAGUAGUGUAAUUCUUAUUGAAGAAAUUAAUACACUAAAGGUAUAG